AAUAUUUAUAGCUUCUCAUAAAAGCCCUUCUCUCACUACCUUCUUAUUGCUUAUAAAAAUGAAAUUAAAUUAAUAAAAGAACGAAUAAAAAUAAAAAUAGGGUUCUACUGCUUCUUUCCAAUCCACACCACCUAGAAUAUCUCUAUCUGCAAGUUUUCUUCUCUUUUCUGCUUCGUCUUUCUCUUUUUUUUUUUUUUGUUUUUUCCUUUCUUUUUCUGUAUUGGAGUCGAGCUUCUUUUUUCUUCUUCUUCUACAUCUCAUCGAGAUCAGGUCCCUUAAUUUGCUAAUAUUUUUCAUUUUUAUACCUGUUCUCAUGGCGUCUAAUUUGCAAAAGGAUUCACCUGCUGAUGAAAAGUCAGGUUCAACAGAGAACAAAAUUGCAAAUUCUGAGUCAUCGUCUGGGGAGUCACCAUCGGCACAAAGAAGAGCUAGUUCUCUACCAGAAGCUGGUUUCCCUGCUAAUCCUUUUGAUUUCUCGGCCAUGACUGGCUUGCUUAAUGAUCCAAGCAUCAAGGAACUAGCUGAACAGAUAGCAAAAGAUCCAUCAUUUAACCAUAUGGCAGAGCAGCUUCAGAAAACUUUUCAAGGUGUCAAUGUUGAUGAUGGGGUUCCUCAGUUUGAUUCUCAACAAUAUUAUUCCACCAUGCAGCAGGUUAUGCAGAAUCCUCAAUUCAUGACCAUGGCUGAGCGCCUUGGUAAUGCCUUAAUGCAGGAUCCAUCUAUGUCAACCAUGCUUGAGAGUUUUGCAAAUCCUGCGAACAAAGACCAGCUUGAGGAACGAAUGGCACGAAUCAAAGAAGAUCCAUCUUUGAGGCCUAUCCUAGAAGAGAUAGAGAGCGGUGGUCCAGCUGCCAUGAUGAGGUACUGGAAUGAUAAAGAUGUUCUGCAAAAGUUGGGUGAAGCUAUGGGUCUUGCUGCUUCUGGUGAUGCAGCUACUUCUGUUGAAAAUUCUGGACAAGAAGAAACAGAAGAUGUGGGAAAUGAGGAUGAAUCAAUUGUUCAUCAUACCGCUAGUGUUGGUGAUGUAGAGGGUUUGAAGAAUGCCUUAGCCUCUGGCGCAGAUAAGGAUGAGGAAGAUUCAGAGGGAAGAACAGCAUUGCAUUUUGCAUGCGGAUAUGGUGAGGUUAAGUGUGCACAAGUGCUUCUAGAGGCUGGAGCUACUGUUGAUGCUUUGGAUAAGAAUAAGAACACUGCUCUUCAUUAUGCGGCUGGUUAUGGGAGGAAGGAGUGCGUGGCACUUCUACUGGAGAAUGGUGCUGCUGUCACUCUUCAGAACCUGGAUGGAAAGACUCCGAUUGACGUGGCCAAGCUGAAUAAUCAGAAUGAAGUACUAAAGUUGCUUGAGAAGGAUGCAUUCCUGUGACUCUUGGGCGGAGGGGCAUAUUUAUUCUUCGGUUGUAGGCAUUUUCAGUGUGUUUUAGAACAAUUUGCGUUGAUCAGCUUGAGGAUGUAGUCGCCACCGCAACUUGAUAUUUUGUGCUUAUUACUAAAAACUGCUUUCAGAUUAUUUAUGUUGCAUGUAUUUGAUAGCAGCUCAGCAUAAUCGAACUUUUUGUGCAACAUGAUGUGGAGUUUUAUGUUUGCGUUACAAUUAUUAGUUACAUAUUA